CAGGUCUUAUCGUUCGACGCCUUCAGCAGCGAGGAGGUUGUGGAGAGCCGAGAUGAGGCUUUCAGGGUGCACAGAUGCAAGAUCUUGUACUUUCUGGAGGACGACACGAUGCAAAUAUGCGAACCGAAGCAAGAUAACUCGGGCAUGGUUCAAGGUUGGAUUAUACUAAAGCGACAUAGAAUAGCUAAACCAAACACUAACAACAACAACACUAACAACAACAACAACAACAACCAAUACUACUACACAAUGGACGACUUGAACAUCGGGGUAGAGCUAAACAUAUACAACACCAUUUACACCAUUUGUAACUGUGACCCGUACACGAGGGAUUACCUCCAAAGGUCGGGUCAAAAGGUCAAUGCCCCUUUGGAAAUUCCACUGGAUUCGUUCGCGCUUCGAAAGAUAUCAAACUUACAAACAACGUCAGCCGGCCAGCAACAAAGAAAUGAAAAGUUUAAACUGAAGCAACAAUUGGAAAGCGGAAAUAGAAUAUUGAGGUUUUUUUGUUACUGGGAUGAUAGGGAGAGCGUGUUCGGCGACGAAAGAUUGAUGGUCAUGAAUUACUACCUUGCUGACGAUACUAUCGAAGUAAUCGAGAACCAUGCGGAGAACUGCGGUAGGGAUUCGGUGGGAACAUUCCUGAAAAGAUCAAAACUGCCUAAAAAUCCGGAUGCUGUCAUCAAACAACUUCCGGAUAGUGAUUCAAAGUAUUAUAAAGAUAGUGAUUUCAUGAUUGGCUCUUAUGUUAACGUGUGGGGCAGAUCCUUCCUAAUAUGCGACUAUGAUGGCUUCACUAGACAUUACUACAAGACCAAAUAUGGAAUUGAAAACUUUACACCGAUAACGUUAAAAAAACCUUCCGUGGACCCAGCCAACACCAACAACCUGUCAAUCAAACAAGCCCCCCCCUACAAUGGUUUUGGCGGCCACGAAGACAGCCUAAACUCGGCCCUUUCCCUAAUCCCUAAACCGCCAAAAAGUGACUUCAUCAGGUUUUUCCUAAAUGAUAGACAAGGUAUGAACGGAAAUGUACUAAGAUUUGCUGCUAGAAUUCCGCAAAAUAAUAUUGACUCGGAUAGAGAGUUUGUAGUUUCAUUCUUCUUGGCUGACGAUAAGAUGAUGGUAUUUGAAAGGACUUUCAAGAACAGCGGAUUGCAAGCCGGAAAAUUUUUAGAAAAAUCCAAAGUUAUGAAGCCAGGUUAUAAACAGCGAUAUUUGAACAAACUCCCUGACUAUUACGAACUUACGGACAUGAAAGUUGGCCACAGAAUUCUCGUCAACGGUCUCUGGUUGCUCUUACAUGAUGCAGAUGACUACACAUAUAAAUAUAUGUUUCAGCAUCCGGAAAUGGUUUGUUGA